CGUAGCCGUAGCCGUGAUCGUAAACGUCGCAGUCGUUCAAGAGAACGUAAAAAGAGACGUCGUUCGUCGAGCUCCAGUGAAUCGCCACCUCCGGCUCGCGGUCGUCGAAGUCCAUCUUCAUCGUCGUCAUCGACAAGUCCGAAACGUGUCGCAAAAAAGGCAUCUACGGACAAAAAACGCACAAAACGUGAUCGUAGCAACUCGUCCACAUACGACAGCUCAAGAUCUGCCUCUCCGAAAAGUCCGGAAAAGAAACGAGGCAAAGAUCGAGAAAAAGGCAAAGACAAAGACAAAGAAAAGUCAUCACGUGACAAAGGCGAUCGCGACAGAGACAGUGGAAGAGCCAGAGAGCGUGAUCCGGAUGUGGAGGAGUUAGAUCGUGAUCGUGAUCGUGAUCUAGCGGCAGCUAAAGACAAGAAGGAGAAAACAAAAGAGAAGGAAAAGGAGAAGGAUAAGGGACGCAGCAGAAAGGAUUCGUAUGGUAGCAGUCCGUCGAAGAAGGUACGGAACCUUAGUUCGAGUUCGGAAUUUGUUUGGGUUUCUUGUGAAUGA